AUGGCAGAAAGACGGGCUUCCAAUGCUUCUAACCCGCACUCCCCUAAGGUAGAACGGGAGUCACUCUGGAGAACCCUUACGCGUCAGUCAACCUUCUCAGAGAGAGGCAGGGAGAGGGCACGAUACGAUAUCGGCGACGAUGAUGAGGUUGACCAAGACUACCCCGACUGGGAAAUGAAAUCAGAAGUGGAGGCGAGAUACAAGAAGGAUCAAGCGGAUAAUCUGAAAGACCGGAAGCUCGGUGUAACAUGGAGAAACCUAACAGUAUUUGGUGAAGGCGAAGAUGCUGCAGUUCAUGAGAAUGUACUUUCUCAAUUCAAUAUCCCGGCCAAAAUCAAGGAGGGCCGAAGAGCAAAGGUCAGCGACACCAGGAAGACGAUCAUCCGGGAUACGCACGGCUGCGUGAAGCCAGGCGAAAUGCUACUUGUUCUGGGACGACCUGGAGCAGGAUGCACCACGCUCCUCAAUAUGCUGGCGAAUCGACGCUUUGGCUAUGCCGAAGUCACUGGGGAUGUCCAUUGGGGGUCCAUGGAUCACAAAGAAGUUCAACAAUAUCGUGGUCAAGUUGUCAUGAACACGGAGGAGGAGAUUCACUUCCCUACCCUCACAGUUGGGCAGACGAUGGACUUUGCUACUCGCAUGAAGGUCCCAGCUCACCGCCCGUCCGACUUGCAAUCACCCGCGGAAUAUCAACAUUCAGCCAAAGAGUUCCUCCUUCGCUCUAUGGGCAUUGAGCACACCAAUGAUACAAAGGUUGGCAAUGAGUAUGUACGCGGGGUAUCUGGUGGAGAACGGAAACGAGUCUCGAUUAUCGAGACCAUGGCUGCAAGAGGAAGUGUAUAUUGUUGGGACAACAGUACCAGAGGCCUGGAUGCAAGCACUGCCCUGGAAUGGACUCGUGCUAUCAGAGCCAUGACAGAUGUCCUUGGCCUGUCAACAAUUGCGACUUUGUAUCAAGCUGGUAAUGGGAUUUAUGAUUUAUUCGACAAGGUCUUGGUCCUAGAUGAAGGCAGAGAAAUUUUCUUUGGGGAACGGGAAGCCGCCCGUCCAUUCAUGGAAGAGCUGGGAUUUCUUUGCGAGGAUUCUGCAAAUGUUGCAGACUUUCUCACUGGUGUCACUGUACCUACGGAAAGAGCAGUCAAACCUGGGUUCGAAGAUUCCUUCCCAAGGACCGCCGCUGCCAUUCAGGAGAGCUACGACAAAUCAUCCAUCAAGAAACAAAUGGAGACUUCAUAUGAUUUCGCUGCCUCAGAUGACGCCAAGACCUUCACUACUGAAUUCAAGGAGGCAAUUAGGCUAGACAAACACAAAAGUCUGCCCAAAAAGUCGCCAUUAACCACACCUAUCAAUACACAGAUCAUUAAUUGCAUUAUCCGACAGUACCAGAUAAUCUGGGGUGACAAGGCUACGUUCUUCAUCAAACAGAUCUCCGGUCUUAUCCAAGCCUUCGUGGCUGGCUCACUCUUCUACAACGCACCUAAUACCUCUUCUGGAUUAUUUCUCAAGGGUGGAGCCUUAUUUUAUGCCCUGCUCUACAACACACUGGUCGCAAUGAGCGAAACCACAGAUUCUUUCACAGGCCGCCCUGUACUGGCAAAGCACAAGGACUUCGCAUUCUAUCAUCCUGCAGCAUUCUGCAUCGCACAGAUUGCAGCCGAUCUACCAAUACUCAUAUUCCAGGUGUCCGUUUUCGGGAUAAUAUUAUACUUCCUGGUCGGCCUCAAGACCACCGCCGCAGCCUUCUUCACGUUUUGGAUCAUCAAAUACUCAGCAGCAGUUACGAUGACUGCUUUCUUCAGACUGAUCGGUGCUGCUUUCCCCACAUUCGACGCAGCCUCCAAGGUCUCAGGCUUUGCCGUCUCUGCUUUUUUGACAUAUAUGGGCUACAUGAUCCGGAAGCCAGAGAUGCACCCCUGGUUUGUCUGGAUCUACUGGAUCAAUCCUUUAAGUUUCGCCUUCGAGUCCUUAAUGGCCAACGAGUUUCAUGGUCAGGUGAUCCCCUGUGCGGCGAACAACCUCGUUCCUAGUGGACCUGGGUACGCUGACAACGGCUUCGCUGCUUGUACGGGCGUGGGGGGUGCUUCUCCCGGCGCCUCAUUUGUCACAGGUGACCAAUAUCUUUCGUCUCUGUCAUAUUCACACUCUCACUUGUGGAGAAACCUGGGUAUUCUCUGGGCUUGGUGGGUGUUAUUCGCUGGACUGACGAUAUUCUUUACCAAUCGCUGGCUACCAUCAUCGGGUGGAGGAAUGCUCCUAGUCCCGAGAGAACUUAAGAAGGAGAGUAAGCUACUGGUCAACGAUGAGGAAUCACAAGCCCGAGAAAAGCCUGUUGUCAACAGUUCAAGCACAAGCACAACGGAAGCUGAGAACCCCAACAAAGAGUUCCAAGAUUCACUAAUCAAGAAUACAUCUGUCUUCACCUGGAAGAACUUGACCUACACGGUUAAAACUCCCUCUGGCGAUAGGCGUCUUCUUAAUGAUGUCCAGGGCUGGAUCAAGCCCGGUAGAUUAGGAGCUUUGAUGGGCUCAUCUGGUGCGGGCAAGACUACACUGAUGGAUGUCCUGGCUCAAAGAAAGACGGAGGGUACGAUUCGAGGUAGUAUUAUGGUCGAUGGGAGAGGUCUUCCUGUUUCGUUUCAAAGAUCUGCAGGCUACUGCGAACAACUCGAUGUCCACGAACCAUACGCCACGGUCCGUGAAGCUUUAGAGUUUUCAGCACUACUCCGACAAAGCAGAGAAAUUCCUAAAGAAGAGAAACUGCGCUAUGUUGACACCGUCAUUGAUCUCCUGGAGCUUCAUGAUCUUGAAAAUGCCUUGAUUGGUCGCGUGGGAGCAGGAUUAUCUGUUGAGCAGAGAAAACGAGUUACAAUUGGAGUCGAGUUGGUGGCCAAGCCAAGUAUUUUGAUCUUUUUGGACGAGCCAACUUCUGGUCUUGAUGGGCAAGCUGCAUUUAACACACUCCGAUUUCUCAAGAAGCUUGCAGCUGCCGGUCAAGCCGUGCUCUGCACGAUCCACCAGCCUAGUGCUCAACUGUUUGCUCAAUUCGACACGUUACUCCUCCUCGCCCGCGGAGGUAGGACGGUUUACUUCGGCGAUAUCGGCGAAAACGCAUCCACCAUCAAAGACUACUUCGAGCGCAAUGGAGCGCCAUGCCCCUCAGACGCCAAUCCAGCAGAGCACAUGAUUGAUGUCGUCUCUGGGAGCUUGUCCAAAGGCAAGAACUGGUCAAAAGUCUGGCUCGAAUCGCCCGAACACACCAAAGUUGUCGAAGAAUUGGACAGCAUCAUUAAAGAAGCCGCCUCGAAACCAGUUGGCACCUCUGAUGAUGGUUAUGAAUUCGCGGCCCCCAUGUUCGAACAGACCCAGCUUGUGACACGUCGCAUGAUCACUGCACUCUAUCGAAAUACUGAAUAUGUCAUGAACAAGAUCAUGCUCCACAUCGGCACGGCACUUUUCAACGGGUUCUCAUUCUGGAUGAUCGGAAACAGCGUCGGGGACUUGCAACUCACGCUCUUCGCCCUGUUCAAUUUCGUCUUCGUUGCGCCCGGCGUGAUCGCACAGCUCCAACCUCUGUUUAUCGACCGCCGCGACAUCUACGAGACACGAGAGAAGAAGUCCAAGAUGUACCACUGGGCACCGUUCGUGACGGGACUCAUCGUCUCGGAACUUCCAUAUCUCGUCAUCUGCGCCGUCCUCUACUUCGUCUGCUUCUACUACACCGCGGGGCUGCCCAGCUCAUCCGACAAAGCGGGCGGCGUCUUCUUCGUGAUGCUGAUGUACGAGUUCCUGUACACCGGGAUCGGUCAAUUCGUCGCCGCAUACGCGCCGAAUGCCGUCUUCGCCACACUGGUCAACCCUCUUCUCAUCGGCGUCAUGGCCAAUUUCUGCGGCGUCCUCGUUCCCUAUGCCCAGAUCACCCCGGCCUGGCGCUACUGGCUAUACUACUUGGAUCCGUUCAGACCACUCAUGACAUCGUUGCUGACAUUCACUCUGUUUGACAAACAAGUCCGCUGCAAAGAGAGUGAGUUCGCCGUCUUCGACACCCCGGACGGCCAGAGUUGCGGUGCAUACCUCGGCGACUUCAUGCAAGGAAUGGGCGCCCGAAUGAACCUGACGAACCCCACUGCCACCAGUCAGUGCCGCGUUUGUCAGUACUCGGUCGGCGCGGAUUAUCUGUACACGUUGAACAUCAAGGACUAUUACUACGGUUGGCGCGAUGCCGCCGUUGUCGUCAUCUUCGUCAUCAGCAGCUAUGCUUUGGUCUAUGGGAUGAUGAAAUUGCGGACUAAGACUUCCAAGAAGGCCGAGUAG